AUGUGGAGACGGACAUACUUGCUGCUAUUACUCGUUCGAGUCUACUUUGCGCUCUCGCCAAGUUAUCUCCAUCCAGAUGAGAACUUCCAAGGCCCCGAGGUCUUCGCGGGUCGCACACUCUUGUACCCGUCCAAAUUACCGUGGGAGUUCACCUCUGAGAAUCCUAUUCGCAGCGUCUUUCCGCUAUGGCCGGUUUACAGCUUGCCGAUGGGCCUUCUGAAAUGGUUUUAUGGGGAGUUGGAGAUAGGGAAUCCAUCUCCGGAGGUGGCUUACUAUUUUUUGAGAGCGGUCAUGUUCCUUUUAAGUUUCGUUUUGGAGGACUGGGCCAUCUACGAGCUGGUCCCGCUUCCGCGACAUCGCCGGGCCGCUGUGGUGCUGGUUGCAUCCUCGUAUGUCACCUGGACAUAUCAGACGCACACCUUCUCCAACUCGCUUGAGACUUUAUUGGUCACCUGGGGUCUGGUGCUGAUUCGUCGCAUCGUUGGACAAAAGCGACGCUCAUCCGUCUUCUCUUGUGUCGUACUCGCAUUGAUCGCUGUCGCUGGUGUUUUCAAUCGGAUCACCUUUCCGGCCUUUCUUUUGAUUCCAGGGCUUCAAUUAUUGCCACAUUUCUGGCGCAGACCAACCUCAUUGUUUGUCUUCGUCCUCUGUGGCCUAUUCUUCUCUUGCAUUGCUAUAAUCAUCGAUACUAGGUUUUAUCGCCCGUCUGCAUCAGUACUCGAUGCCCUCCGCUCGCCUAUAAUCACACCUCUCAAUAAUUUACUUUACAAUACGAAAACUUCGAACCUGGCUCUUCAUGGACUCCAUCCAAACUACCAACAUUUUCUAGUCAACUUGCCGCAGCUUCUUGGACCCGCAUUUGUGGCAAUGAUCCUCUCCUUAUGGAACCGUCCAGCAAUUCCUUCUUGGCUGAAGACAACGCAGGCCGUUUCCGCUCUAUCAGGGGUCGCAAUGCUCUCGAUCUUCCCGCAUCAAGAGCCCCGUUUCCUCAUUCCUUGUGUGCCACUCCUGCUUAGCUGCUUUCGCCUGCGCAAAUCACGUCUCUUCCUUGUAGCUUGGGUCAUUUUUAAUGCUGCUUUGGGCUUCUUAAUGGGCGUCUACCACCAGGGUGGCGUGGUACCCGUGCAGCUGGCCAUCCCCACCAUAAUUUCAGCAGAGACUGUGAAGUCGAAUAACUCGUUGGAGAAUCAACCCAGAGUAUCCGCGACAGUAUUAUGGUGGAAAACAUACUCCCCCCCAUCGUGGCUAUUGGGAAACAAUACCAGCUUCCCGCUAGAUAUUGAUACCCGCGAUAUGAUGGGCAUUCCUGGAGCAGAGAUGGCCCAGGAGCUCGAAAAGUUGGUGCCGCCAUGUGGCUCUCAUAGCGGGACUCACAUGGAUGAUGCCAGCGCCGGGUCUGGGAAAGCUGAUCGAACGAACUUCGUGCUCGUGGUCGCCCCAAGAUCUGCUACAUACCUCGACCGAUACACAACAGCGCCCGCAGGCUCGUCCGGUCUGGAAUUACAGGAGCUCUAUUCCUACCCGAAACACAUCAACCUGGAUGAUCUCGAUGUCGGUACCGACGGGCUGCUCGCGACGUUAAAACGCGUCUUUGGCAGACGUGGACUGAAUGUCUGGUUAGCACGAAGGGCGGGCUGCGAUUGA